GCGGCAUGCCUGGUCAGUGAAUCACAUGUCUGCACCGUCCCGGUUAUCCGCUGGUAUAAAUACAAGCAGCAGAGACACCGGAGCAGCUUCAGACGGUCUGGAGUCAGAGGAACCUGACGGAGGUUUUUUUAUUUUCUCAUCAUUGCCUGCUGGCCCCGUGAGAGUCAGAGAGGAUGUUAAUGAUGAUGAUGAUGAUGAAGAAGAAGAAGGGGUUGAAGACUCUGGCUGUGAUGGCCCUGCUUCUGGCCUCAGUCGACUGCAUCCUUCUUCCAUCACAGGAAGAACUUACUCAGAUCUCCCUCCAGGGGGAGAAAUAUCUGGACAAACAGAUUGAGAACGCCGUUAACGGGGUGAAGGAGAUGAAGAGUGUGAUGCAGAAAUCUUCAGAGGACCACAAGAGGUUUUUGGAUGCCCUGGAGAAGACCAAGGAGCAAAAGGAGGAUGCGCUGCGUACGGCUCAGGAGGUGGAGGCCAAGCUGGAGCAGGAGGAGGAGGUCUGCAAUGAGACCAUGAAGACUCUGUGGGAGGAGUGUAAGCCUUGUCUGAAGAGCACCUGCGUUAAAUACUACUCCCGAACCUGCAGCAGUGGAUCCGGACUGGUGGGACGCCAGCUGGAGGAGGUGCUGAACAGAACGUCCCCCUUCUCCAUCUGGAUCAACGGGGAGAAGAUAGACGUCCUGGAGCAGGAGGGACAAAGACAGAGCAAAGAGUUCAGGAACCUGGAGGACAAAUACACGGAGAUGGCCGACGGUGUGGACAGCAUCUUCUCAGACAGCAUGAAGGUGGCCGAUCACGUGCACUACAACCCUCCAGUGUUCUUCCUCCCCAGUUUCCUCGGCCCGUACACUCGCCGCAGCAGAAGCAUUCGCUCUCUCUUCCACGAUCCUUUCCACAGCUUCCAGAGCUUGUUCUCCCCCAUGACGGGCAUGGGCAGGAACUUCUUCAGUUCCAUGGGCUCCAUGAUGGACAUCGACGCGGACACACCUCCCAAUGAGGACGGAAGCGUUAAUGAGGACGUGGUCAUCACCAAACCGUUUGGCAAUGGCAGGAUGACCUGCAGAGAGAUUCGCCGCAACUCAGCCGGUUGCCUCAAGUUCCGCGAAGAGUGUCAGAAAUGCAAAGACAUCCAGCAUAUUGACUGCUCCGGGAAGAAGCCUCUGGAGGGCCCGCUGAAGGAGGAGCUGGAGAAGGCGCUGGCCAUGGCCGAGCGUUUCACUCAGCAGUACAACAGCCUCCUGAAGAGGUUCGAGGAGCAGAUGUUCAACACCUCCGCCAUCCUGGACCUGCUCAACUCACAGUUCGGCUGGGUGUCGACUCUGGCCAACAACACCAAAGACGACUUCUUCCGGGUUCAGACGGUGAUCGGCAAGGACACCGAGGAGAAGACAGCCGGGGAGGAGGAGCAGCCUGAAGACACCAAGGUGUCCGUGCAGCUCUUUGACUCGCCAUCCAUGAACUUCAGCGUGCCGGGCAACAUCCCCUGGACCGACCCCAAGUUCUCCGAGGUGGUGGCCCAGGAGGCUCUGGACCGCUACAAGGAAACCAGCGUUAUUGUCAAAUAAAGCUCCCAGUUGGAUUGGCGCCCCAACAAGCACUGUCAGCUGCCAAGAGAACGUUCUGGAUUCAUCACACCUGAAACCCAGACGACUAACACACCUGGAAAAUCCCCUGAAGCCAACCCACUGAUUCUGAUGUGAAUCUGAAUAAAGUCCUGCUUUUGCAAACGACACAGUUUAACCUCAGAGAUUUAUAUCGUUACAUUAGAACUCUUUGUCCUGCUGUAAGAGGAGAUAUUCAGUAGAUGUAGAUAACAGGCCUGCUCAUGUCUGUAGCGCCUCCAUCAUAAGGUCUUAUACUCUAUGUGAGCUGGGCUUUGCAAACAGGUGCCACAGCGCCUACAUGAUUCACGCUUGAUUGAUGAAAUUGAUGUAACUGACUCUGAAACAGUUAAUUCUCUGCAUUCAGGCUUUCUAGCACAUUAAGUUUUAACUGAUAUUUUCUCCACAACGGUUCAAUAAAACAAAGAUUUGCAGGAAGCUCAAGUUUAGAGGACGUUAAUUCAGGCUGUUUCAGUGACUUUAAUGACCUGGAGGUCCCUUCUACGGAUCUCGUCUGAGUCGGUUGAAGUGGUUGAUUUGCUGGAGUUAAACUGGAGAGGUUAAGAGUCGAGAAAGUGAAAAUAUUUUAAUAGUUGACGUUCAGGAUUUCUUUCAGCUCCGCUGUACAGCAGCUUAGCAAUGAAGCAAUACAUGGAGAUCUAAUAAAACCUGCUUAAAUCCAUUCAGAGUCUUUCUCAUUUCUGUUGAGUUUUUCU